AUGUCGGACUUCCAUUUUAAUUUCGAGGAGACCGUUGAUAUCCUAAACUCCCAGACACCUACCGUGUCUCCCAAGGAAAAGAAGGACAUUGUUUGUCGCCAUUGGUUAAAACAUGAAUGCCAACGAGGUGACGCCUGCGCGUAUCUCCACGAGUUCAUUCCCGACAAAGUGCCGGAGUGCGAACUGGGAGCGAGAUGUUUAAGCACCCCCCGCGUGACGGAAAAGUGCAUUUUAACGAAGUUGCUGAUUUUGUAG